AUGUCUGCCAUACCACCUCCCUACGCACUCUUCAUUCUCUCCGACACAGCCGAUGUCGACUACCUCAAUGAUGUUCUUCGUCGCACUUCAGAGAGCAAUUUUGGAGAUUUAUUCUUAAGCUUGGUUGACAUCCCCAACCAAGAAUCGCCAUAUGACUGUGCACCAGACCGCGAAACUACCAGGGAACAUGGUGAGGAGCGUGAGUUGCCAGCAGAAGGCACAAGGCCGCCUGUAUCCAACACCUUUACCUCUCCCUUUUUGAACCAGUCUUUGGAUGAUUGUGUCAAAUACUUGCGUGCUACUCCAGAAAAGAAAGCCUGGAACACGGAAUAUUUCUGUGUCGUUGGAAAAGACGACAAGGCAGAGGAUACGGUGACGGUGGUUCGUAGCUUUAAUCAUGGAGCUGUCCAUGCAUUCCCCUGCAAGACGGAGGAGACUGGAAGUUUCAUGUUCACAGGGUAUUCGGAAAAUUUUGAAGAGAAGAUGCAGACAUAUCAAAAAUUGGCGAAAGCGAAUGGCGACAAGGAUCGCAGUGUUGGAGUACCAUAUGAGUUCAUGGACAGGGAAUGA